GAGUCCUGUCACAUGGAUCUUAGGUUAUGGACUUAAGAGCUUAUUGUAGAAUUAUUGACAAAGUUACCAGCUGAAGUACUCUAAUUAAGUUCAUUGUGAAAGUAAAAGGAAUUAAAGGGUUGUCCACAGAUGGACCAGAUUUUUGUUGGUAUGAUUUAGACUUCUGCCUGAAAUAAGCUGGCACUGACAGACAUAUCUGGAUUCAUGCUCAUUCCUAGUCCCAUCUCCCAUGCUUUGCCUACCAAUUGUCUAUGCACUCGGGCAGAGUUAAAGAAAAGGAGAAAACUGGACCAACCUCAUGGCAUAAAGAGAUACUGAAACUGGGGUUACCACUUACCAAUUCAUUAGAACUUUUGACCAUUUUGGCUGCACUUAUUCUUUUAGCUUUAUAUUUGUCUAAUUGUUUAUGUGGUUUCCUCUGCAAAAGCAGAAGUUGAAGUUGUUUUCUGAGAGGAGGGCAUGUGGUGUCAAGUCAUGGUUGCUACAUAUACUUGAUUUGCCGAUAGAAGGGCCUGCUCAGAAAUGAGGCAAGGCUACCCUGUAAACACAUCUUUAUUGAAAGUUGCUAAAGAGUGAGACCCAUCUUAGGAUGGCUGAAUGUAAAACUUUCUUCAAAUAUUCCCCCUUUGCCAGCUCCCUCUUUUCAGGCUGUGUUGCCUUUUUUCUGGUAAGCACAAAAAUCCAUUACCAUUAUACAUGCAUAAGAAUUAAUGUAACAGUGCAUCAGCAUACAGAAUUUUGAUUAGUUCUAGAGCAUACCACAUCGAUACGAAUAAUGGCAGGAAACGAGGCAAAGAGAGCAUUAUACUAUUACUAUAUAUCAUGAUGGGGGCAUUAGUUUAAUUAGGCAUUUGAACGGGAUAUAAUGUAGUCAAAUGGGUGUUAUUGACCAAGCCCUAAUUUAGGGCAGAGGGUUGUCCCUUUGCCAUUUGAUUGUCCUAUGUACCAAAGACCAAUCAUAAAACAAGGGAAUCUGGUCAUCAAAACGAUGCUCAUCUAUGCUGGGAAUUUAGAGUUACAAGCAAUCACAUUUCUUAAAUUAUUCUAGAAAUCACAUUUUGAUCAACAAAGGUGAUGGAACUAAUUCUGUUACAAGCAAGACUAACAUGUUAAAUAACAAAUUUGAUAUACAUGCAUGAAAGCAUAGGAUUCCAUAAACCUUUUACUUUUAG